AUGCUCCUCAGCUCACUGCUAACACUGGCGUGUGGGAUCCUCUCAGCAUCGGCGACGGCGCUGCCCCACACCGACGACUUUGGACUCGCGCAUGACCAACGCGGGCUCGCCGAGCGCGGCAAGCAGCCGACGAUAUCAUUCAACCCCCGCUUUCCCCAGCAGUGCGGCUACGUCGACGUCUCGUGGACAGGCAAGGGGCCCUUUGAGCUCCAGCUCGGCAACUGGCGCGGGCCUGUGGCCACCAAGUCUGGCUUCCUGCCCUGGGAGUUUCACGAGGGCUUGACCCAGACGAGCUGGAGGUACCAGGUGCCGUUUCCCCCCGGCGCUGUGUUCAUGGCGCAGAUCAAGACGGCCGACGGGUGGACCAUCUGGCGCCGCGCGACCGUGCUCCGCGGCAACAAGAACUGCAAUGUGAUCGAGACGUGGUCCGAGGGCCCCCCUUGGCCGACCAUCUCGCCCGACACGCGCACGUCGGCGCCGACGCAGAGCCCGAUCAAGUCGCCCAGUGCGCCCCCGCCAUCGUCCGACCUGCUCUCGAGCCCCACCAUCUGCUGGGUGCGCCCGAGCGACGUGCCCUCGGGCGCGAGCUCGUUCCAGCUCACUCCUACGCCUUGCGAGAGUGUCCCGACCCAGUCGCCGUCCGCGCCGCCGACUACUACGCCCGCCCCGCCGACGAGUACCAAGUGCUACGCCAGGCCCCUCUCCACGGACAACCCCGGCGGCGGGCCGACCUCGUCCUGGGAAGUCCCGUGUGGGAGCCCGUCAGCACCCCCCGUCAGCUCGCAGACCCCCACAUCGGCGCCGCCUGUCAGCUCCAGCUGGGUCGCUCCCUCGCCGACGUCAUUUUGGCCACCGCUCCCGACCAAUGGGAACCUCGUGCUGGAGUUCAAGGGUGACCCGGUGCGGUGCCAGCAGCAGCACAUUGUGUUCUCCCCGCAAACGGAUUGGCCGUACACCCUCCUUCUCAUUCUCGAUAACGAGGUGCGGACCAUUAACAAUGCCGACCCUAAUGGUGGGCUGGGCUACAUCUGGAACAUGGACACCAGGUCGAGGUUCCUCGCGGCUUACCUUUACGACACUGCGGGCAACUACGCCCAGCAUCCCCCCGUGCUCAUUGCUGGUAACGACACGAGCUGCAUCAAGUGAGCGGCACAGGCCGCGGAAGGACAGUCGUGAACUAGGGACAAUAUAGUCUAUGAUGUCGUCGUAACGUAACCAAUGGACUUUGAAGUGCCCGGUGGGCUCAGUGAGAAACCCUUGGCACUACAGCAUUAGGCCCCCAAGCCGCGGACGG